AAAAAAGUUCAAAAAUCCAUCGAUGUUUCGAUACAUCGAUGUUUCAAUGUCCGAUGUUUUUGAUUUCGAUGUUGUUUGAAGAAACAUCGAUACAUCGAACCUUCGAUGUUUCAUUUCACGAUGUUUGCAUCCCUAGCUACGAUAGGCAGUGGUAACCAAUGAAUAACGAAACAAAUGACCUAUGGACCCAAGAAUGAUAGAAACAAGAUUGCGCAAUGCACAUGUUUGCUUUUAAUCAGCUGUUCUUGACUUAUUAUUCGCCCGCGCUUUUGAAAGUGAAUUCGAAUUGUGUUUUCAAGUGUUGUAUUAAUUGUUAAAUUUUAUAUUUUUUAAAAUGCGUUGCGCAGUGUUGGGAGCAAUACUAAUAAUAAAAAUAAAAAUAAUGGUAAAAAUUGUGCUACGAAAUGGAGAUUUUUCCAUUUCCCUAAAGAUAAAACAGUGGUAAAACAAUGGAUAAUUUUUGUCGUCGUACGGACAAAAUUAAUGCAACUUGCAGUUUGAAAUGGGUUUAAGUUCGCGGAAUCCAACUAAGUUACUGCCUAGCGCUUUUCCCACGUUAACCACUGCUCCUGCAGAGGCUAAUGAACGGCAGAAAAGGAUGGAGUCUCGUUCCAACAAAGAGAUGUUAACAACAAUGUUGAAGAAUACCGCCCCUGUUGAAGUAAUUCAAGAAGACGAGACGAGACGAGAGGCACCUCAAACUGCAGGAGAGGAGGUCAUCGAUGAGAAAGACGAGAAAAUACUCCAUUUGGAAACAGAAAUACAAAGGCUGAAUAGUGUUGUUAGAACUUUGAAUAAGUGCAAAAACGAGCAGUCAGCAGAAAUUAGGAUUUCCAUUAAAACCUCGGAAUUCCACAGAAAUAAUUUGGAGCAAAAACUUAGCUGCAUUUUCAUCAACGGCCAGGUAAUAUUUUUCAACGUGUGUCAGUUGACCUAAAUUCCACUGACCCAAUUGUAAAAAAAGAUGACUUGGAGAUUCUCAACAACCACGGACUUGAGAAUUUGGCAGCGUACAUCUGCCACAAACUCGGUAAAGACAACCUCGAAUUUUGUGGCAAUUCAGAAAAUUGUUCGUCUUAUACUUGGGUGGAUCACCUUUCUGAAGGAGGACUCUCAAAACCGACAGAUAUGUUAAUGGAGCAUAUGAGAGCCUUGCAAGCAGUAUUUGACUAUGUAAAUGGUACUGAUUUGCAUAUAUGUAUGUACAAAUUACGCCCAGAAGCACUUAGAUUUAAGUAAUUUUGUAAAUUGUAGCUCGAAAGUAAAAUAAUUGUUUUUCAGAGCUAGAAUGUAUUUUAGGAUUCGUUCCUUAAAUAAAAACCUAAUUGAACACAUGUAUAGCAAAAAAAGAAAAUUAAAUAG